UGACAACGCAGUAAUGAUAUCCGUCUGGUCCUCCGCGGCGGCGUCAUCACCUCUCCUGUCAUCACAGCUCGUGUCUUUGCUUUUAUUCUCACUGCACGGUUCAGCAUCUCCUCUGCUAAAGGUGGCACGGGCCUUCCUCGUUGGUUUCUGGGACAUUUGUAGAGCUCUGAUUGGCUAAAAGGAUCAGUAAGAAUAAAGCGAGACCAGCUCAGAAUGAUCCAUGUUCUGAUCCCAGGUUGGACCCAGGUCCGGGUCCAUGGGCAGCAUUCCUGAGACCGGGACCAGAAGGAGGAAGAAGGUCCAGCCGUCUGCGUUCAGAGGCAGAGGUCAGCUGCGACUGUCAGUCACCAGAGAGCUGCAACAGCUGAUCAUUCACAUCCAUGAGGCCAGAGGGCUGAUGGGAAAAUCCCAGAGAUCAUGUGACUCCUAUGUGAAGCUGGCCGUGACCUCUGACCUGCAGCGCAGCAUCAGGAUUAAAACUGACACCGUCUACAACAACAAGAACCCAAAGUAUGAGCGCCGCUUCAAGCUGUGAGUCACACAAAGGUUUCUAAUCGCACACUCAUAGAGACGGCGUCGGGACACCUGCGACUGUGCUGUGAGAGCUGCAGGAGUUCAGGGUCAGACUGGAAAUGAACUUUCACUGAUCCUGGAUCAUUUCCUGUCAGUUCUUACCUGCAGUCUGAUCCAGUGUGGAGGCUUCCCACAGCCAGCAGCUUCAGCUGCACCAGAGCUUCAGGCUGGCUCACAGCUCGCGAGCCGCCGUACAGCCAGCGCUCUAAGAUAAUAGUUCUUCACAGCUGCAACCAUCCAAUGAAAUUCUUAAUAAAAAAGAGUAAAAUCAAUGAAUACAGAUAUUAAAAAUCCUGUAGUGACUGUCGUGCAGAGGUAGUGGUACAUACAUGUACAGUGUGUGAUAUAAACUGUGAUAUAAACUCAGUGUCCUGAUGGCUUGUGGGUAGAAACUGUCCCUGAAUCUGCUGCUGUGGACGCUCCAUGAAGAGCGUGAGGCUGUGGUGGGACCAGAGAAGAUGCUCUGGGCCGUCCUCCUGUAGAUGUCCUGGAUGCUGCAGCUCAGACCUGCUGACGCGCUGUGCUGGUCACAGAGCGUCACAGCUGCUGAUCCUCACUGAUGCCCAGGAGCUGAAGCAGCCGACUCGCUACACUUUUAUUCCCCUCGAUGCGAAUGCCUCCGCCCGAUGAGCUCCUUGGUGUUGCUGAUGUUGAGCAGCAGGUUCUUGUCCUGACAACUGAUGAUGAUGCUGUUAGAGCUGGGUGGGGCUGCACAG